UAUCGAUGGUUAACUGCGACGACAAUAUAUAUGAUUAUAACCAAAGAAAUAAAUUGACAGCCCUUGGGCUCACCGCCAUGUUCUCCAAUGAUACGUCGUGUGCUCUCAACUGUUCAGGGCACGGCGACUGCUAUAACGGCACCUGCUUUUGUGAGUUUAUAAAUGUGGAAUACAGUGGAGGGGCCUGUAAUGACCCUAACCUCAGAUAUUAUAUCGCGUUUUCCACCGUUUUCUACAUGAUAUGUGCCGUCUCAUUCAUACAACUGAUUUUAUGCAUAAAUUCUGAGUUCUCGCGACUCAAACCGCGGUCUUUCAUACGAGCGUUAAGAAUAACGACUCAAAAAGCUCUCUAUUUCUUCAUAUGU